AUGGCAGCCUCGAGUAAUCUCAUUGAUUUCGACGUCAUCGAAGGACAAAAGGAGAAUAUACAGUCUUUGCCCGGUGGACGAUCGGCAAGGAAGUUAGCAGAGUUGUACUCUCCAUCACCUCUGCAUAAACUCUCGACACCGACUCCCUCGGAUACCAAAAAUGUCCACGAUUGCAUUCGCGCCGAAUAUGAGGCAGAAAUUCAGAAUAUCUCUGAAUCAGAUGAUCCGCUGGACGUGUUCGACAGGUACGUCAGAUGGACACUGGAUGCGUACCCAACGGCACAAGCAACUCCACAAUCGCAGCUGCACACGCUGCUUGAACGCGCCACAAAGACAUUCAUCACCUCUGCACAAUAUAAAAAUGACCCUCGCUACCUGAGGCUCUGGGUUCAUUACAUCCACUUCUUCUCAGACACCCCAAGAGAGACCUACAUGUUUCUCUCGCGUCAUGGAAUAGGAGAAGGGCUGGCCCUCUUUUACGAGGAGUACGCUGCUUGGUUGGAAGCUGCAGGAAGAUGGGCACAAGCAGAGGAGGUCUAUAAGCUCGGGAUCGAGCGUGAAAGUAGGCCUGUUCAGAGAUUGAUGCGAAAGUUCAAGGAGUUCGAGGAACGAAUGGCGCAGCAGCCGGCCGACGCCAUUGAGCCGUCGUCGCCAGCCCUUCCUACCGUUCGUCCAGCGCUGGCCGCAAAGGUCGAUCCUUUUGGAUCUUUGUCGCAGUCCAGCGACCCGCAAGCGUCACGGCCUAGGACCGGUGCCGGCAGCGCCAGUUCAAAGCCAGCCAAAUCAAAGCUUGCUAUCUUUUCAGAUGCGGAUGCCAAGCCAGCACCUUUGUCAUCUAGGGCAGAAGGGUCCAAGGGAUGGGAAUCAUUUGGGUCAUUGUCUGACCGUAAGAAAGAAAAUGUCAUGGAACCGAAGCCGUGGGUUGGAGAGACGUUGAAAGCCGGUGGAAAGAAGAGUACUGCGCCGAAGAUGGCAGUGUUCAGGGACCCGUCGCUAUCUCAAAUACACAAUGUCGUCCUUAUAUCGGCCAAAAGCCAAGUGACUGUGCACCCUCAAACAGGAAAGAAAGAAUACAUAUUCGUUGACCUUGCAGCUGUGUACCCAACCCCGGAAGAACCUGGUUCAGAACUGAGUUUUGAGGAAAUUAUUGCGGCACGUCGUGGUUGGUUGGAUCGAUCUUGGGGCCAUGAGACCGUGGAGGACGACUUUGUCACUGAGCCGAUACAAUUUCUCAGUGGGUUUGAGGAGAUCAGUCGCGGUGUUAGUAACAAACUUGCUAUUCACCGAGAUCCGAUGUUUUUCGAUGAAAAUGGAGGCAUGAAAGAGCAUCCUCGAGAGCCUCGUGUUGCAAAAAAGAAAAUCAUGGAAGUCAACGAGACCCAAAUCAUCAAGGCAAAGUUGGAAUCCCCCUCAGGUCCCAAAUUUCGCAAGAAGCAAACAUCUGAGCCGACAAUGACGCUCCACACGAAGGCAGCGACUGACGAUAUAUAUGACAUUUUCAACGCCCCUCUUAAGCUGGCCAACGGAAACGAAAGCGCAGAGGAUGAGGAUUACGAGACAGAUGGCGACUAUACCACUGACGGCGAAAGCACAGGCACAACUAGACAACUCGAUGCUACCAGUCAACAUGGCGACGGCGGGACUGCUGACACAAAGAGUCUAAGUGAGUGGUCGGAAUUUUCAGCUCAAAAGCACAUCCCAAAUGUUGAGACAGUCGAUGUGGACGGCACGCUUCCAAUACACGGCGAUUAUGACGGCCAUAUUGAGGAGGCAGAACCCGGAGAGCAGACCUGUCCAACAACUUGUCCGAAUGAUGAAGCAAUGGUUGCCCCUCCGGAUGAGCAGUCUCCUCCGAAAACCCGCACAGUAUUCGUUCCCAUUCCUCCAGAAGAUUAUGACCCCCCGACACGGCCGUAUAGGGACCCGGCCGAGGUGGCGAAUAACCGACUCCCGUUUAUGACGCCAAUUACGGAGCGGACAGAAUGCUCACUUGAUGUUGAUCUUGAACGUCAAGACACAUUCAAAACACCAUGUAGACGAGAUGGAGUUACCAAUGCCAUGGGAGAAGACCAGUCAGACGACGAGCCCUUAAGCAGCCCUCUCAGAGAAAUUGUGGACGACGAAUGUCCUAUGCCGAAAAUCCCUGCUGCCCUGGUCCCAAAAUCCAGAUCUAUUGUCAAGGGACCCUCUACCAACCCGAUUCCCCCAAAAGGUCCCGUCAUUAAAGAUAUCCAAUGCAAUCCCGUUGACAUUUCUAUCCGUCAAGAAAUUCUAAACAGCCUUCAACCUCCUUUGAGUUCGUAUGCCGGGUUCUACGACCGAAGUGGGCAAAAAUACGAAUUCGGAGCUGAUAUUCGCAAGUUUACCAAGGCCUUGAACAGAUUGAGCAAGGGCGGCGCCGACAAGACGGGACCUCUCCCAUCUCCAGUCAUGAUUAAGUUUCCCAGCACAACCCGAGUAUAUACCUUGAAACGGGAGCUUGGUGCAGGGGCAUUUGCCCCUGUCUAUCUAGUCGAAAACUCGGCUCCGCAGGAGAAUGAAAAUGACGAGAAUGCACUGGCCACAAUGGGCAAAGGCAUGUUUGCUGUUAGUCACCGAAAUGACUUGGAGGCACUCAAGAUGGAAGUACCACCAACUUCCUGGGAGUUCUACAUCAUGAGGCUUGCACACUCUCGUUUAGGUCCGCAGCACCGUGCAGCAGCUUCUCUGUCUUAUGCACAUGAGCUACAGCUAUAUCAAGACGAAGGAUUCCUUUUUCUACCAUAUCACCCUCAUGGAACACUCCUAGACUUGGUUAACUUCUUCAGAGCCGAGCCGUCUGGUUUAAUGGAUGAGCAAUUGGCAAUGUUCUUCUCCAUUGAGCUCAUGCGCACUGUUGAAGCCCUUCACACCAAGAACAUCCUACAUGGUGAUCUCAAGGCCGAUAAUUGCCUGCUUCGGCUAGAUACGAUGUCUUCGGAAGAACCUCUGUUAACGCCAUGGAAAGCGGACGGCAGUGGCGGCUGGGCAUCGAGAGGCAUCUUUCUCAUUGACUUUGGUCGGGGCAUUGACAUGAAGGCCUUUUCUUCGAACGUGGAAUUUAUCGCCGACUGGAAGACUUCAUCGCAGGACUGCGCGGAGAUGCGCGAAGGACGCCCGUGGACAUGGCAAAUCGACUACCACGGUCUGGCAGGUAUCAUUCACUGUCUGCUCUUUGGAAAGUACAUUGAAACUCAACGAUGCGACCAAGGUGGGCUUGGUCGUACCGGCAGAAAAUAUAAGAUCCGUGAAAGCUUGAAGCGAUACUGGCAGGCAGAUCUUUGGUCUGAGUGCUUCGAAGUGCUACUUAACCCCGGGUCAUUUUUAGAAUUUGAAGAUGGGUGUAAGAUGCCGGUGCUGAAGUCAUUAAAAAGCCUGCGAGGAAGAAUGGAACAGUGGCUUGAAGCAAACUGUGAUCGUGGUGUCGGCUUGCGAUCUCUAAUUGGCAAGUUGGAAGGAUACACAAAAACUCGCAGGUAA